AAACACCACAAGGCACAGGCUUUGCAGCUGUACAGCAACCAGCACAAUGUUUGAUCACACUCAGUAUCCCUAUAAUUGUUUCAAUUACGAUGGGGAUGACUAUCCAGCCUGCAGCUCAGAUGAGGAAAAGAAAUUUAAUAGACCAGCCUACAGUUACAUUGCUUUGAUUGCAAUGGCCAUCCAACAAAGUCCUGACAGCAAAGUGACCCUGUCUGGGAUAUACGACUUUAUCAUGAAGAAGUUCCCUUACUACAGAUCAAAUCAAAGAGCCUGGCAAAACUCCAUUAGGCACAAUUUGUCUCUCAACAGUUGCUUCGUGAAGGUUCCAAGGACGGAAGGCAAUGAGAAGGGUAAAGGAAACUACUGGUCUUUUGCAUCAGGGUGUGAAUCAAUGCUUGACCUUUUUGAAAAUGGCAAUUAUAAAAGAAGACGGAGAAGGAGGAACAUGAAGAAAUGCCAAAAAGAUAGGAAACAAAAUCAGGCACAAGCACUUCAUCCUGGGGAAUUUUCAACCUCCAGCUCUACCGCACAUGUUAUAUAUGGUAAUGAAAAGAGAACUGAAUCAACAUCCAGACAAAUGGAAACAGACAGUUUAUAUCCAAUCUCCAACAGACAGAGCCAAACCAGCUCCAGCCUUGGAAAAUCAGAUGAAAUCAAAUUUAGCAUUGAUUAUAUUUUGUCAGCUCCAGACCCUCUGCCCGUUCUCCGAUCUCAGCAUAAUGUUCUUGAUAACAAGUAUCAUAUGGUUGAAACACAGCAGCUAAACCUCCAGUUCUGGAGCCUAUGACCCGUUCAAUCCUCAUACAGAACUGACCUGAUGCGCUGAAGUUGCAAUGGACUCUAUUUAAACUUGUAGAUUAAUAUAUCAAGCGCAGAGGCUUUGAACUUCCCAGACUGUAUCAGUUUACUAAAAGAUCAUAAACAUUGAGAUGUACAUUAAGGAUGUAAGAAAAGAGACACUGAAACUAUCAUAGAAAUGCUGUACAAACUCUCCAGACCAGGACUUAUUGUGAAAUCAGUUUCUAUUGCACCGCUCAUUGAUUUUACAGUUGAAUUCUAUCGUGUAAGACCAAGUAAGAAUACUGCAAUGUGACAAAAGCUGCCCAGGAAAUAUCAUAACAAUACUGUAUCUAGUAAUAGCACAAUGUGCUGCUUGAUUAACCUAUCAUUAGAGGGAGGGGAUAUUGUAAACUAAUUUCCAGUUUCUUUAAGCACUAUAAUUAAUGUCAAUUAAUUUUAGUCAUUUAACCCUGUUGUUUCUACAUGGAUAGAAUCCUUGGAAUCUAAAGAACCUUGGUUUAACUUUUGUUGAACCUGUACAAACUAUUAAUUAUUCUAGCAUCCCAGCAUGCAUAGAGCACAUGUUAUGGCUGCUGUCAGUCCCACCAGUAGUCACUGAGCAAAAUCAUUAUAUAUAUAACAUUUGCCUGUCUGACUAUAGCUCGCCAUGCAGGGCAUGAAAGGGGGCAUCAGCCCCUUUAGACCAAGACAGCAGUUAAUCUCUCCCUGCAAAGGCCGUCCACAAAAAUUCGGCAGAUAUAUAUUGAAGGGGAUUAAAAUUGGAUUCUCUUCUGACGGCCUGCAUUAACCUCCAUUAUGGCCAAACAAUUGGAUCAGCCCAUUAUGGUCCAGUACACAACGAAAGGAUCUAUAGUUAUGUGGCCACCUUAACUGGUUCCACACUUACAGUAAAUGGUUAAAGUAUCUCAUCCCUGUCCAUUCUUUAAAUAAGUACUUUUACAUUAAAUGGUUAAAGUAUCUCAUCCCCAUCCAUUCUUUAAAUAAGUUCUUCUUUACGUCUUUGUUGGGACCGAAUAUUAUUUGCCAUUCUAUUUAGGAUAGGUCAACAAGAUCCCUUUUAAUACACGGAAAUAUCAGCCAGCAAUAAACAGUAAUUAAAAAUGAGAUACGCAAUUCUAAAUGAAAUGUAGGUUUCCUCACUUAAUCUGUCGAAAGAAUAAACCCUGCAUUAAAAGGAGACAAUAAUAAAGCUGUGAUGAUUAAAGCUUAUCCUUAUAUUAUAGAUAUUUAUUUUGUGCUCCCUCAGAAGCAAAGAAAAAGGGAAG